AUGGCGGUACAUCAAGUCCAAGUCUUUAAGUUGGGUAUCGCGACCCAGUUUGAGCGCCUCACUGGCAGGGAGAAACAAUAUGCGCAUCACAUGGCUCGCGCUGCUUGGCUCGGAUCGAGGAUCAUUCUGCAACAAGUUUCUCCGGAAUCAUCUUCAAUUUUCGACUUCAUCAUCGAGCUCCAUCGCACCUGUUCUGGCAACUGGCAUUCUUUCAUUGGGGAAGGUGUUAGCAGCGAUGACCUCCAGAAGUUCCUGACCUACGCGGCUACCUUUCUCUCCAAUGCUGGGAACUAUUAUGGCUCCGGGGAUCAAAAGUUUGUCCCUGGCAUAGAAAAUCAUGUCCUGAAGAAGCUGGCAGAUCGAUUCUCGGUAUUGAGAGAGUUAUAUGACGAGACGUCUCAAAGCAGCUACUAUCUGGGGAAUGCCAUCAGUGAAUCUGACGCAGCCAUUGUGUCCAAGAUUCUUGAGCAGAACGCCGUAUUCCCUGAGAAUACUAGGCUUCGAAAGUCUGAAGAUGGCACUGAAUACGAUGUCCUCAUUGCAUCUGUUGAACGUGGACUCGUUGCCCAGUUCUCUCUCCCAAGUGGCCAAGGACAUGUGAGACUUCUGAAGGGAGAUCAUUCGUCUGAUCUCCAACUCGUUUGUGCAGAGUUGAACGAAGCCUCCAAAUACGCGGCCAACGAUUUGCAGAGAAAUAUUCUCAGUGCGUACAUCGAAAGCUUCCAAACCGGUAGCCUGGACAUAUAUCGCACGUCUCAAAGGCUAUGGGUUCAGGACAAGGCGCCUAGGGUAGAGAAUAUCUUUGGAUUCGUCGAGCCAUAUCGCGAUCCGCAAGGAAUUCGAGGAGAAUUCGAAGCUCCGGUGGCCAUUGCAGAUGAUUCAGAGACCAGGCUACUUGCUGAACUAGUUGACAACUCGGCAAAGUUCAUCCGCCGACUGCCUUGGGCAACCCCAGAGAAUGAUGGCAAAGGGCCGUUCGAGAAGAGUCUAUUCGAGCCGCCCGACUUCUCGAGCAUUCAUGCUCUUGCGUACUGCUCAAGCAUCAUAUUUCCCGGAAUCAACUUACCAAAUUAUAAUGAUAUUCGGCAAGAAAAUGGAUUCAAGAAUGUCAUCAUUUCUAAUCGAAUGAUUGCUGAGAGCCAAGCAAAGCAGUACCCUUUUAUUGAAGAUUCUGAAGCUGAGAAGUUCAGGGAGCACAAGUUCCAGGCUUAUUAUUGGUGGGUUGUGCUCCAUGAGCUCCUUGGCCAUGGUACAGGGCGAAUGAUGGUUGAAAGUAUGGACGGAAAAUUCAACUUUGAUAUCGAGAAUCCACCCGUCAACCCCCUCACUGGAAGACCUAUUUCAAGCUGGUACAAGCCAGGUCAAACUUGGACGGGUCAAUUUGGUGAACUGGCAACUACGGUCGACGAGUGUAGGGCUGAACUAGUGGGAGCUUAUUUAAUGGAUGAUUCGGAGCUUCUUGAAAUGUUUGGUUUCACUGAAACGUCCAAUAUUCAUGCCGAAGACUUGACGUACAAUUUGUACUUGCAGCUGGGCGUUGAUGGUCUACGGGGACUCUCGAACUUUAACGUGCAAAGUAAUAAAUGGGGUCAGGCGCACAGUCGGGCUCACUUUGCCAUACUGAAGUGCUUGCUUCUUAACGGCGGUGGUGUCAUAACUAUAUCACGCAAUAAGCCCAAACAACGUUUGACAGUUCGGGUGGACCGGUCUAAAAUUCGUACACAUGGGAAACCGGCCUUGGGAAAGAUGCUCUUGCAUCUGCACGUGUUUCGAUGUACAGCAGAUGUGGAAGGCUGUCGAACAUACUAUGAGAAGUUGUCAAGUGUAGACGGUGAGUAUAUCGAGUGGCGAGAGACAGUGAUUGUGAAUAAACCCCCUCCGCUCGUCUUUGUCCAAGCUAAUACGUUUCGUGAUGGGGACACAAUCACUUUGAAGGAGUACGAACCAACGGUUGAAGGCGUGAUUGCAAGCUGGGUGGAGCGACAGUGUGAACAACAAAUUGAUUUACCAUGA